UUGGAUACUGAUUAUUUUAUUCUUGAAUACUGGGACUUUUCGGAAAUAUUGCUCGGACCCUUUUGAAGCGCUGCACCAAAUUCUGCAAUAUUACUCUGUUGUCACAGACUUUAAAGUACAAAAACACAAAGACAAUUAAACUUUGAAUCUACUGCAGUGUUGGGGGGAUUUUUCUUGUUUAAAAUUGGCGUCAUGGCUCCGUCUGUCGGCUUGUGGCUGUUUCUGUACCUGCCGCUGCUGUUUUCAGACGCUAAAAGUGUUGGGCAGCACAACAGCCUUGAUAAACCUUCCUCUCAUAUCAAACUGGAGCCCCUUUGGACUGCCAAGCAGCCCAGAAACCGGGACACCCCCGAUCAGAGCCUCCCCCUCCCUGAGAUGCUGGAUCUGGACCUAGACCAGCACCGCCGCCUGGCCCGCGGCGCCGACGAGGACGAGCAACAGUCCACCUUCAGCCAAUCCUUUGAGAAUGACACUGUGACGACACCACAAGCCACCAUGUUCGACAACUCGACAACAGUAGCAGCAGGUGUUGACGGUGAUGAUGAGAAUGAUGACAUCAAUCACCACGGAAACACCUCCAGCAGCGACCACGACACCCCAAGACUCUUCAACCCGUUCUACCCGCUGGCAGAGGGCUCGUACUCGGCCUACGCCAUCCUGUUUCUGGCCGGCCUGGUGCUGGCGGUAGGCGUGGUGGGAAACAUGGCGGUCAUGUGUAUCGUCUGGAACAACUACUACAUGAGGUCCGCCUGGAACUACCUGCUGGCCAGCAUGGCAUUCUGGGAUUUCCUGGUCCUGGUGCUCUGCCUGCCGGUGGUGGUCCUCAAUCAGCUCUCCCAUAGGAGGAUCCUGGGUGACAUCACCUGCCGCAUGGUGCCUUAUAUGGAGGUCGUCUCUCUGGGCAUCACCUCCUUCACUCUGUGCGCUUUGGGCAUCGAUCGUUUCCACGCCGCCACCAGCUCUUCGCAGCCGAAGGCGCGGCGGGUGGAGCGCUGCCGCUCGGUGCUGCUGAAGCUGCUGCUGGUGUGGCUCACCGCUCUGCUGCUGUCCAGCCCCGAGAUCUUCCUGUGGCAGCUCAGCCAGGCCGUGUCCCCCUCCACCGGCCGGCUGGUCGACUCCUGCACCAUCACCCCCUCCUCUCCGCUGUCCCUCUACCUGCCUGACUCCCUCCACUCUCUGCUGCUCAGGUAUCACCAGGGUCGUAUGUGGUGGUGUUUCGGCUGCUACUUCUGCCUCCCCAUCCUCUUCACCAUCCUCUGCCAACUGGCCACUCGCAACGUCAGCAGCGACCACAGCUCUACCCAAAAGCAGCGUAACCAUGACGACCGCUCCAAUCAGAAGCGGCAGCAGCACCAGGCGGUGGAGCGGCAGCUGAACUGCACGCUGUUGGCGUUAGCCGUGAUGUACGGCAUCUGUGCUCUGCCUGAACACGUCUGCAACAUCACGCUGGCCUACACGCACAUCACUGUCUCUGAGGACACGGCGGCCAUGCUGGCUCUGUUACAUCACUUCCUGUUGUUCUUCAAAUCGUCGGUGACGCCGGUACUGCUGCUGUGUCUCUGUAAGGCUCUCGGUCAGGCCUUCAUGGACUGCUGCUGCUGCUGCUGUCAGGAGUGUCAGCCAACCACGACUCAAGGCUCGCCAGGCUCCGCCCAGGUCAAACUGAAGGCAGCCAAUGAGUCAUCCAUCUUCUUCGACAAGGCUAAAGACACGUCGGCCAUCUUGUCCAUCUCCAGCUAGAGCCAUGUUUGCCUCUUUUAUCCAUCAUUUCCUCCGUAUGUCAGUGCCUUCCCAACAUCACUUCUCUUCUCUUCUUAGUUUUUGUUUAUUUCCCUUCUUCUCCCUCCAAUGUGUGCUGUGAACCCAUUUUCUCCUCUUUUAUUCUUCAUCCACGUGAUCUCUCCAUCCACUUACACAAUGUCACUGGAUGGAUAAUCAUGUCUGUUCAUCUUUCUUUCUGUCAGAGUACUGUUUGUAUGAUAUUCUUCUAUGGACACAGCGUUACCCUCCAGCUUCCUCUCUAUGCAGGAGGUAAUCUGUAGUGAGAUUAGAAAAGUUGCUGUACUUGCACAACCAGCUGUUGUAAAAGCAGGAGCCUGUUUCAGGACUCACUGAAUGGACUCUUCCCUCCAACUUCCUGCUGCCAUGUUUGUGAAGAAUAGGUGGAAAAUCCUGGAUGUCUCCUGUGGUUGGAAGCUCUAAGGUUUAAGUUUGAAUGUGUGUUACGGAAAAGCAGCAGAGGCCUAAAAUUAUGUCAGCAGUUUGAAUCCACUCGAUGGAGAACAUGAGGAAGCUGCAGUGAUCUAAAGACAAGGAGUGUGCCACACGAAUAUUUUUGGGUCAAACAAACAUUUCCUGGAGGCAGAGCUGCUACUGAGGCAGAAAUAAUUUAAUUGGAGUUAAACUUCAAUGGGCGAAGACAAAGAAUCACAGCUGUUCAGAGGACAAGUAACUAUUAAACAGUUGAGUGUACAGCAGGGUUCAACAAGUUCAAUUUAAGAUUUUUAAAGACCUUUUAAAUAAACAAUAUAAUUUAAUAUCUUUUUCAUUAUCAUACCAAUCAA